AUGUCGUGGCAGUCUUACAUUGACACUCAACUCGUCAACAAGCUUAACUCUCAAAACCAAUGGGAAAUAACAGGCUGCGUUGAACAUGCAGCAAUUUUUGGCGCUGCAGACUUAUCAAUAUGGGCUUCAACCCCUGGUUUCGCAUUAGGCCAAUACAACAUUAAUGUCCCUACAGAUGAUGGAGUUAACGAAGAGUCAUGCCAUGUCAAUGAAGUCGACAUUUUCCGUUCAGUUGUGACUACCAGAUCAGCUGGUUCCAAAGCAGGAAUCAGAAUUUGCAAUGAAAAAUACUUUUUGGUCAACUACGACGAAGAAAGACACACCAUCUACUUAUCCCAUUGGUUAGUUUCAACAGUUUUUUUAUCUACAUAUUACUUUUUUUGUUGUUAAAAUAAUUAUAUAAAUAAAAAUAAUCUAAAUCUAUGUUUGAAAAUAAGAAAUUUAAUAAAUUUAUUAUAAAUAAUUGAGCUAAUUUAUAUAAUUAACUGAAGAUUAUAGUCCAAUAAAUAUUAAUUUUUCUAAAAAAAGGGAUUGGUUUUGAGCUAGUCAAGGAAGAGUUAAAGAAAAACGGAGGUGGUGCUUGCAUUGUCAAGACCUUACAGACAUAUAUUUUUGCUAGCUGGAACGGAGCACUUGAACAUGGAGGAGUCCAUCCUGGAAACCAGAAUCCUGGACUUUGCAACGAGAGAUGCGAGAGCUUGGCUGCCUAUUUAGCAGGCGAAGGAUUCUAA